AAAUUAUUUUACUCUAUUUAGAAGGUCCAACAUGCUAUAAACUAUUCCGUUUCAGAUAUAUUGCCCAAAUUAAAAGCUUUCCUAGGUUUUUGCCGUUUUUAUUCCAUUUCCGACUACCGUACGGCCGAAAGAAUCAGUAAUUCUGAAUAAUGAAGUAUGAAUGGUAUAUUAAUUCAAUCAAUACGACUUGUCUAAAAAUAUAAUUAUAUUUAACACAUGACUCAAAAAAAAUAAUUGGACCUAAAAACGAUUCGUUAAAUACUUUCAGAACUGAUUAAAUUUAAAAUAAUUUUGAAAGAUGGGAAAGAUUAUGAUGAGAAUGGUGAUGAUGGGAGCGCGGCGACAGUUCAGCGCGGGAUCGGAAGAGGCCUGGCCGACGGCGCUGUACGAGAAGAGCCCCGAGCAGGAGCCGGCCAAGGCCCCGCGGAAGCCCAAGGCCACGGUGGAGCAGAGAGUCGACAGCAAGAAGUACGUGGCACAGAUGGGGCAGCUCGGCCUGUCCAAGCCGCCCCCCACCCUGGCCAGGACCAUCCUCACCUACUUCCCCGCCGACGAGGUCCCCUACUCCACCAAUGGUCUCAGGUCUGUAAUGUCAUGAGUAUCAUCAUUCAUCAAUUUCAUUUAAAUGUAAUGUAAUCAUUCCAAUAAAAUACUUUUGCAUUGUCAUAA